UCUACGGAAACGAAAGUCGCCGUUCUGAAGUUAGGAGGAGCUCAAAGCAAUUGAUGGCGAUGAAGCGGCUAUCGAAGAAAUGGAGAAAGCCUCGCGGCGGCGACGGCGACGGCAACGACGACGACGACGGCUUCUCCCUCCCCACUCGGGACGAUCCCUCUCUGGACGAUUCUCGUCCCAUGGACAUCCAAGAGCAAGAGGAGUUGGUUCGAUCAUUCGAAAAGAAUCAAGCGGUGCAGAGUCUCUGUUGGAGGGUAAAUUGAUGACGAAACCGAGCUACAUGUCUUCAAUCUGUUUGGAUCGUGUAACCUAUAUUAGUAUAUUUAGUGUAUUUGGGGCAUUUCUCUUUUGCUUUGCUGCCUUCCUCGUCUAUUCCAUAUACCAGCAGGCUACCUAUCCAUGGGAAUUGCAAUAUCAUGCUUACUUCAUGGAGGAGGCUCCUUCUUGGAUGAUUAUAUUUGCAGACUGGAUUGCUGUUUUAGCUUGCUCUAUGGCUAUUGUUGGGCUUAUUCAAAACACAAGACAACAUAGACAGUGGCUUUGGUAUUCGUGCUUCACCAGCAUUAUACCAGCGAUUUUUUGGCUGUAUUACUUGUCAAGAAUUCCAAGAUUUCACUGGGAUGUUUUAUGGCUCCCGUUUGGACCUCUUGGCGGAGCUGGCAUCUGUCUAUAUGUGGAUCACGUACUGCACGAAUCAUCAGAAGAAGUGAGAAAACUUAGAGGCUACAUGUAUACUUAUAAAGCUAGCUGAAGAGUUGAAGAUCACUAAUAUUCUUCUCAUGUUUUUACCACUCAUCAAUGAAGAUCGUUGGGCCAAGUCAUUAAGCAGAUGGAUAAAUACUUGAGGCUGUUUCAAUCUUUCUUGAAUUUGCGCAUCAUUCACCGAAGAAGUUUAGUCUAGUCACCCCGUUGCAGAGUCCCAUUGCAAAGAGAGCUGCCUACAUCUUUGUGCGACGUGUAGCACUUGUUCGGUCAUGGACAUACUUAACAUUUUUUGACAGUUCAUGAGAAAUGUAGGGAAAUUUGUGUAGAUGUGAUUUGAUGUUCCAUCCAUCUGUUUGCUCACUUUCUCACUUUAAGAAAUAUGUCCAAAAUAUCAGAAGUUUGUGAUUAAUACAGAAGGCUGAUGAUGAUAUGGUAUGGAAAA